GGCUGAGUGGCAUCUAGGUUAGCAGUAAGACGGGGUCAUCGUCAAGUGUAGCGUCCAGAUCUGCGGUGAACAUGCUGCUGAGUAAGAUUCUCCGAGCUGGUGUGAGGUGUGGCGUCCGCCUGCAAAGCUCCAGCGCGGCCGCUUCUGCCAGCCUCUCCUCCAGCGACCGCUCCGCUGCUGCUGCCGGCUUCUCUUUUGAGUUAACUGAGCAGCAGAAGGAGUUCCAGCAGCUGGCGAGGAAGUUUGCCCGUGAAGAAAUCCUCCCCUUGGCCUCAGAAUAUGACAAAACUGGCGAAUACCCGUUCCCCAUCAUCAAGAAAGCCUGGGAGAUCGGUCUGAUCAACGGCCACAUUGGAGAGGAGUACGGUGGGAUGGGUCUGUCCAUCUUCGACGCCUGCCUCAUCACAGAAGAGCUGGCCUACGGCUGCACGGGCGUCCAGACGGCCAUCGAAGCCAACUCCCUUGGACAAAUGCCCGUCAUCAUUGCCGGCAACGAAGAGCAGAAGAAGAAGUACCUGGGAAGAAUGACGGAGGAGCCGCUGAUGUGUGCCUAUUGUGUGACGGAACCAGGGGCAGGGUCUGACGUCGCCGGCAUCAAGACUCGUGCGGUGAAGAAGGGUGACGAGUACGUGGUGAACGGGCAGAAGAUGUGGAUCACCAACGGCGGGAAAGCCAACUGGUACUUCCUCCUGGCUCGCACCGACGCUGACCCCAAGUGUCCCGCCGGGAAGGCCUUCACCGGCUUCAUCGUGGAGGCCGACACUCCCGGCAUCCAAGUGGGACGAAAGGAGAUGAACAUGGGUCAGAGGUGCUCCGACACACGCGGCAUCACCUUCGAGGACGUGCGGAUACCCAAGGAAAACGUGCUGAUCGGCGAGGGAGCCGGGUUCAAGAUCGCCAUGGGAGCCUUCGACAAGACCCGACCGCCCGUGGCAGCAGGAGCCACAGGUCUGGCCCAGAGAGCUCUGGAUGAAGCCUCCAACUACGCCAUGGAGCGGAAGACCUUCGGCAGAGCGAUUGCUGAGCAUCAGGCUGUCUCCUUCCUCCUGGCUGAGAUGGCCAUGAAGGUGGAGCUGGCCAGAAUGGCAUACCAGCGCUCAGCUUGGGAGGUGGACCAAGGCCGCAGGAACACCUACUUCGCCUCCAUCGCCAAGGCCUUCGCUGGAGACAUCGCCAACCAAGUGGCCUCCGACGCCGUCCAGAUCUUCGGUGGCAACGGCUUCAACAGCGAUUACCCCGUGGAGAAGCUGAUGCGGGACGCCAAGAUCUACCAGAUCUACGAGGGCACCGCUCAGAUACAGAGACUCAUCAUCGCCCGAGAACAUCUGGGGAAGUACAAGAAAUAGACUUUGAUCCUCCCGAAACACAUCACCGGUCAGACUCACUUGUUUGCCUUAAUGACGUCCGGCCUUCAUCUCAUCCGCCUCAGCAACACCGAUGCUUUUUAACUCCAUCGAAGAGUCAUGCAUAACCAACCAUAGUUACAGAGUGAAGUGAGGGUAAGGCUCUCGUAUCUCUGUCAUGAAGUCGGCUGUAAUAAGGUUGUCGUAACGGUCAAGAAUUUAAUUUGUUGCUGUCGAACUGAGACAAUAAAGAUGCCCUGUUCUGUUA